AUGUCGUCUCUUUUUCAGAACAGAGAAUACCAAGCCCUCCCAGAGCAGGAGAAGCACCAUAAUGAGGCUGAAAAUGAGACUACCGCUCUCCCUGGUCGCAGCCAAGCACGGAACAAGAAGUUCUACGUCGCAGUUGCUGCAUUGAUCGCGGUAGCUUUACUGGCUUUGGUAGGAAUCACUUCGGCAUGGACAUCCGAAAUCGAGUCAGUUCCGGACCUUACUGAUGCUAAGCCCAUGGAUGAUGAAUCGAGAGAGUUUUUAGCCAACCUGGGAAGAGCUGGAGACCAGCAGUAUCUUUUAGGAGUUGGAAAGGCUGACAUCACAGGACCUGUUGUUGAGAUCGGUUUCAUGGGAUAUGCUGUCCUGGAUCAAGUUGGAACUGGUCUCAGACAACGUCUCUACUCACGUGCUUAUAUCAUCGGCAAUGUCAACAAGCCAUCUGAUCGAUUUGUCUACCUCGUUCUUGAUAUUGCAAAUGGCGAUACAGCAAUCAGAUACGGUGUUGUCAAUGCGCUGAAGGGUGCUGGAUUGGGAAUCUACAACCAGAGCAACAUUGCUCUGACAGGAACUCAUUCACACUCCGGACCUGGAGCUUACAACAACUAUCUCCUGCCCCAAAUCACGACACUUGGAUUCUCCAAGCAAAGCUACCAGGCAAUUGUUGACGGAACUGUUCUUUCCAUUCAGAGAGCCCACGCAAGCCUUGCACCUGGUUAUCUUAAGUACGGCGAUACUAAUGUCACGGACGCCAAUAUCAACCGCAGUCUGUACGCUUAUCUCGCAAACCCAGCUGCGGAGCGAGCCAAGUAUGCUAGUAAUGUUGAUACUACCCUCACUUUGUUGCGUUUCAAACGUGCCUCGGAUGGAAAGAACACUGGAGUUCUUGGCUGGCACAGUGUCCACGGAACAUCGGCAUUAGCCAACAAUACCCAUGUCACAGGGGAUAACAAGGGUGUCACGUCCUACUUGUUCGAGAAGGCAGCUUUGACUGACCCCAAAGCUGCUCCUGGAUUCGUAGCCGCUUUCAGUCAGAGCAGUGUUGGGGACACAUCGCCCAAUGUUUUGGGAGCAUGGUGUGACGAUGGAACUGGAACUCAAUGCACUUUUGAUAAAAGUACAUGCGGUGGCACCAGUCAGGCUUGCCACGGCCGAGGUCCUGCGUUCCAGAAGCUUGAUCUUGGCAUUUCUAGCUGUUAUGAGAUUGGCAGAAGAGUGUUCACGGCAGCCAAGUCGUUAUAUGAUUCUCUCGACAGUGUUGGAACAGCUGUUGCUGAUUCAAGUGUAAAAUUCUACCACACCUUCCAAGAUAUGCAGUAUUUCCAAUUCCCUUUGCCCAACGGAACGAUUGUUCAGUCCUGCCCAGCUGCUCUCGGUGCAGGAUUUGCUGCCGGCACCAGCGACUGGCCAGGAGCAUUCGACUUCACUCAAGCAAAUAACGACUCUCAAACCCAGAACCCAUUUUGGGUUCUCGUUCGAGAUGUUCUCACCACGCCCUCUGCCAAGCAAGUAGCUUGUCACAGACCCAAGCCAAUUCUCCUCGAUGUCGGUGAGAUGCACGGCCCCUAUGAAUGGUCACCCAACAUCAUCGAUAUUCAGUCCUUCCGCGUUGGUCAACUCUUCAUGAUCAUCUCCCCCGGAGAAGCAACGACCAUGACAGGACGCCGCUGGAAGGAUGCCGUGGCAAAAGCAGCUAUCGCCAAAGGAAUCACCACUUCCCCCAAAGUCGUGCUCGGCGGUCCAGCGAACACAUACGCACACUACAUCGCCACACCUGAAGAGUACGGCAUUCAGCGCUACGAAGGUGCAUCAACACUCUUCGGUCCCUGGACAUCCAGCGCGCACAUGUAUCUCUCUGAAAAGAAUAUCGGAUACCUCAUGGCUAGCAAUACCAGCCAGCCUGCUUCUGGACCCCUCCCACCUGACAACUCCGAUAAUUCCAUCUCCCUCAUCACCGAUGUCGUUUGGGACUCUCCUCAUCCAGGUACUUCAUAUGGAUCUGUCAUGGCCCAGCCCAAAGCAUCCUACUCCAUCGGCUCCGUCGUAAAUGUAACCUUUGUGGCUGCCAACCCGCGUAACAACCUGCGUCUUGAAGGAACAUUCGCUGAGGUGCAGAUGCUUGUUAAUGGAGCAUGGACCAAGGUCCGCGACGAUAGCGAUUGGUUCCUCGUGUAUACGUGGUACAGAGAUGAUGGUUUGAUCGGGAGCUCGCAUGUUGUAUUGAGCUGGGAGACGGAGAGCUAUGCGCAGAAGGGAACGUAUAGAUUCAAGUACUAUGGGGAUAGCAAGGUGCUUGGAGGAAAGAUUACAGCGUUUACCGGGACCAGUGGCAACUUUACGUUGGUCUAG